AUAUUACUGCUUUUCUAAAGAAAAUAAUUGCACAGCACAGGGAUACACUGGAUGCAGCAAAUCCCAGGGACUUCAUAGACAUGUACUUCAUCCAUGCAGAAGAAGAAAAGAACAACAAGGAGAGCAGUUUUAAUGAAGACUACUUAUUUUUUAUCAUUGGUGACCUCUUCAUUGCAGGCACAGACACCACUUCCAACACACUACUGUGGUGCUUGCUCUACAUGUCUCUCUAUCCAGAAGUACAAGGUUGCAGCAGCCAGUGGUCACACUGUGGUGUUAGUAGACCAGUCAGAUGAAAUCCUUAAAAAGUCUACAAAAGGAAUUGAAGAGAGUUUGAAGAGAGUGACAAAGAAGAAAUUUGCAGAUAAGCCCGAGGCUGGUGCUGAGUUCAUUGAGAAGACCUUAAAGAACCUCACAACAAGCACAGAUGCAGUAGCAGUGGUCCACAGCACGGAUCUGGUGAUAGAAGCCAUUGUGGAGAACCAGGAAAUUAAAAAUGAACUCUUCAAGAGGCUGGAUAAGUUUGCUCCAGAGCAUACGAUAUUUGCAAGCAACACUUCAUCCCUGCAAAUCACGCAGUUGGCUAACUCAACCACCAGGCAGGACCGAUUUGGUGGUCUCCAUUUCUUCAAUCCAGUGCCUAUGAUGAAGCUUGUGGAGGUCAUCAAGACUCCAAUGACCAGCCAAAAGACUUUUGAAUCACUUGUGGAUUUCAGUAAAGCAGUAGGAAAGAGUCCUGUCAGUUGUAAAGAUACUCCAGGGUUUAUUGUAAACCGUCUCUUGGUGCCAUAUAUGAUGGAAGCUGUUCGACUUUUUGAGAGAGGAGAUGCAUCAAAGGAAGAUAUUGAUGUUGCUAUGAAGCUUGGGGCUGGCUAUCCCAUGGGUCCAUUUGAACUGCUGGACUAUGUUGGGUUGGAUACCAGUAAAUAUAUUAUAGAUGGAUGGCAUUCAUUAGAGCCCAACAAUCCUCUUUUUGCACCCAGCCCACUCCUGAAUAAACUGGUAAAAGAGAAGAAGCUGGGUAAGAAGACUGGAGAAGGAUUUUACAAAUACAAAUGAACUCCAGACCUCAAGAGGUGUUAAACUAUCUGUGUAUGCUAUUCGGAAUUGCCAUAUUACAGGUGAAUUCUGUUUAAACCUUCCCAGGGAUGGCAGAGGCUACAUUUAGAACAUAACCCACCUCUGAAUGGAGUGAUUGCACUAGUUAACUAUUUCUCUGCUGAAAGCUUGAUUUGGUAGAUUAUUUUUUCUUGUAAUUCUGAAAAGCUUUUUAUGUACAGUGCCUUCAUGCAGAUAUUGAUUUUUUAGGUGCAGGGCAGAAUGACAAGUGAAUAUAUGUAUUUGAAACGUUAUAUAUUAACAAGAAAAAUCCCCAAAUAACUGCACUUUUCUUAAAAAUAAAAUCUUCAGCAAUUCUGUAUUGAAUGUCGUGGCUUGCAGUUGAUGUACUUGGUUGUAGUCCACUGGGUGGCAGUCUCUUUUCACGCUGACAGAUGUAGCAGUGGAAAGGCAGUAAGUUGUUUUGUUAGGAUUUUUCUUAAAUGCAGUGCUAAUCUGUAGGUGUAAAUUACAGUGCCUUGAACAAGAAUUUUUUGAAUGUCAUACUUUUUAAAAAUAAAAAUAAAAAUUCUGCAGUGGCAGGCUGUCACCUGGACAGAAGAUUCCCCAUACAGCAGUUCAAAGCAGAACUCAUGAUUCAUUUUGGGAUUUUCUGGCAUUUUCAACUACCAGUUGUGGGUCUCCUUUUGCUAUGUACUGUAGAAACAGUUAAGAGGUAGUUUCUAUUCUGAAGGGCUUAAUACACAGAUUUAUUUUUUAUUAACUAAGAUAGGAAUCUGGUGAAAGCUUCUGUAUGCUUUCUAGAGUCCUGUAAAUUGGCUUUAUGUACUGGCUAUUCAUUUUGUCAUUUUUACACACUACACUACUACUGUAGUUUACUACUUCAGGGGAUUGAAAUUGGAGUCUGUACUGUAUAAAGAAAUAGGUGUCUGGCUCUGUAAGGCAUGUUCUGUUUUGCAACUUUUAUUUCCUUGGAGCUUAGCAGGGCCUGGAUUUGUUCAUGGACGGAGCGCUGCAAAUCCUGCCUUUUCUCCAAAUACUGCAGAGCAAGUGGGUAUGAGGGUUGGAGUUCCAGUUCAACUGAGUAGUAGCCUUCUUUUACUUCGUGUAUUUUGGAUCUGCAAACUGAGUGCUUAUAUAUAUUUUUCAAUUACAGAAAUUACUAAUAAUUAUUGAAAUCUAAGUUGCCUCUUCCUCCCUCCCCCAACAUCUAAUUCAGACUGCAUAUAAAGAAAAUGAGGUUGACAGAUGUUAAUUUCCUUGCAUACGAUCACACAAGAAAUCUCUGAGAGUAAAAAUUGUUGCCUGGUUCCUCAUUACAGAUCUUCUGAUUUGGAGGAGACGUUUGUCUUGAAAGAAGAGGGUGAAAGGAAAGAAAUGGUACUUUACUAAUACAUUGUUAAAUUGAAUUGGUUUUCCUAAAAUACAGUCCACUUCUUGCACCUGAAGUCUGGAAGGUUCUUAGUGCCUGUAAUUCAGUUUAGUGACUUUUAAGUGCUGCGGGGGUAAAGUUAGCUUCAGAACUACUGUUUUCAGUAGUAAAUAAAAAUGGAAACGUGUAUUACUUUUGUGUCUUAAACAACGCUACUUGUUUUUUAC